AUGCCAUUCAAAAGACCAAAGAAGCGGCCCUCACUCACCGCCUUCUUCGCGCCCGGAGGAGGCGGCGCGAUCCCCAAGCCGUCGCUUGCCACGCUCGGCAAGCGCCCCUCCUCGUCUUCUUCCGCAUCCGCGCCCUCGCCGUCGCCAAAACUGGGGUCGGCACGACGCGUCUCUUCCCCACAGCAGGCCUUCGACCGCAGCGCCCAUAUAACAGCAGCAUCGUCGUCGUUAUCGUCAUCUCGGGUCGAACCCGCACCACGCUCAGCUCCCGCGUUCGCGAAGAAUAGCGUCUCGGCGCCCUCGCCCCCGCUCGCGGACCUGCUCGACGACGACCCGUUCGCGAAACUCGACUCGCCUCUCCCUCCGGGUUUCGCGCCGGGCUCGGCAGCUUCGAGCUCAGGUUUGAGUUUGGACGACCGUGACGCGGGGUUGGAUCACGAUCACGAUCUUGACGGCGCGUCGCGCAAACAGCACGUGGUUCUCACGUCGUGCCCUACAAGCGCCCGCGCGACCGUCAGUGUCACACCGCCCUCGCGUAUCGCAGCGUCGACCCCAUCUUUAUCUACGACACCCUCCUCCUCCUCCUCAUUAUCGUCAUCAUCGCCUUCCUCUUCACCCCUAUCCUCGUCGUCUACGGCGACUUCACCACUAGCUGCAUCCUCGACAGCGUCGACCUCUACAUCACACUCAAGCCCAGCACUAUCACCAGUCCAACCCAACCGACCGAUCCGCCCGCGCCUACACCGCCGCCCGCGCACCUCGAACGGCCUCGGAGUCGCAGACCUCCCGCACACGCAGACGCUCCCCGCUUCGGCCAGACCGGCAGUCCAGAAACGGCCGUCGUUACCCUCGCUCAAGACGCUCGCCGAGAUGCAGCUCACCGUCGUCCCACGGAUGCCCAAAGGACAUGUCGGCGCGAAACUGCCCUUGGAACCCUGGGCCAGGAACGUACACAGAGGCGAUGAAGUACGGAUCAGGAGCCCGACGGAUUCGACGUUCGACGGCGUAUAUGCGUAUUCCGGCUUCGACUCGGCACAGCUGCACGCGCACUUGGAUAAAGACCAGGACAAGGAUCAACGGCCGCCGCCGCCAGAGCGUGAUCUUGCAAUGGGACCGUACCGCGCGUGGGACAUGAACUCGGCCACGUCGUCGUUCGCGAGCUCGGUGUCCGUGUCGGAUUACGAGAUCGAAUCGAUCGUAGAGGAGGAGGAAGAGGAGGGCGGGGAGACGGAGCACGACAACGAUGACGAUAACGAGGGCGCGUACGACGGGAUGUCAGAUCGCGAUGAGCCGGCCUCAGCGCCCUCUUCCACACCGGCGCCCGACGCUCCACUCGCACCUUCGCUCCCGCGCCCGUUCCCACCCAAGCGGACCCGGCUUCCCAUACCCAGCCUCCAUCGCAUACCGUUCGGUCUUCUGCAAUCGAUACCCAACAUGACGAACUCGCCCACGGUCUUCAUACCCCGGCCCACGAGGCCGAUGCUAAUGUAA